UCACGUGAUGCAUUCGCAAAUGACCGGCAUUUGAAUGGGGAGAAUCCACCUCGCGUGUUCAAGAACGAAACACCCGACUGAGUCGUGCUCCUCACACGCCGCGCGCACUCGAAGUGUCUAGAGGCCGUAUAACUCUAAUCUAUUAUCUGCAGUGCUGAUUGACAGCAUAAAACACUCUCUAUCGCGUUUGAACUGUGUCUAACUUUCUGGACACUGACAUGGCCACCCACGGAUGCGAGCCGUUGUGCAUGUUCUCCGACCGUCUCUAUUUCACAACAUUUCCGUGUCCUCCACCUUCAGCCACGCUCCUAAACCGCGACGCGGACCGCUCAUCACCACCUCCGCUGCGAAAGCAAGUACAGCCCUCUCCAUCACCACCCGAUGAUACCCCGCCAAAGUAUCAUUACUUCACAGUUGAUGACGACCUUACGUAUUUAUCGUUCUUUGAGGACUGGGGUCCCCUAAACAUCGCAAUGGUGUAUCGUGCAUGCAUAUACAUUCAUGAACUUCUAGAGGAUGAGAUGCUGCAAUCUCGCUGCUUGGUGCUGUAUUCAUCUGAUGAUCCCCGCAAGAAGGCUAACGCAGCGCUUCUCAUGGCUCUUUAUACUCUCAUUGUCCUCCGCCGUUCUCCUUGGGAAGCAUUUCAGCCAAUUGCUGAGCUCGAAUUCAUGCCGUUCCGCGACGCCGGACGUGGUCGCUCCGACUUCGCCACCAGUAUUCAUGACUGUCUGUGGGGCUUCUGGAAGGCCUUGCGGAAUGGUUUGAUAAAUAUGAAUGAUUUUAACGUUGCAGAAUAUGAGUACUACGAGAAGGUCGAGAAUGGAGAUUGGAAUUGGAUUACUCCAGGCUUCAUUGCAUUCGCCAGUCCUAACGAUCCCGUGUGGAUUCGGCAACAGAAGCGGCAACCUGGCCAAGCUACCCCGACUGCUUCCUCUUUCAGCCGUAAACUUCCUCAACCUUAUCAAAACUGUCUGGAUUACUUUGAAGAGCGGAAUGUCAAGCUCGUCAUUCGUUUGAAUAACCCCCUAUAUGAUAAGGUCACCUUUGAGGAAAGAGGGAUGGAGCAUCUAGAGCUUUACUUCGACGACGGGACAAAUCCAACGGACCAGAUUGUUCGUGAGUUUAUCUCUCGCUCUGAAGCCGUGCAUGAAGCAGGGGGGGUCGUUGCUGUCCAUUGCAAAGCCGGACUUGGUCGAACUGGAACACUAAUUGGAGCCUAUCUGAUUUACAAGUAUGACUUUACCGCGAACGAGGCUAUCGCUUUUAUGAGAAUUACUCGCCCAGGUUGCGUCGUUGGUCCUCAACAGCAAUAUCUUUAUCAGCAACAGCUGCAUUGGGCAAAGUGGGCGGCUUUGGAUCAAGCUCGGAAGGCAGAUCACGCAAAUACAGUGAUAACCGAGGAGCCAAGGACGAUCACGCCUCCACUGGAUGAUAAACCACUUCCCGCUGUCCCCGUUACCCCAUCGAGACCAUCGUUAAAUUCGAUGAAUUCUGUUGCAGAGGUUGAGGCUUUGCUUCCACCUGGUCAACCGCGGAAGACCCCUACUACCAAGCGCGUGGCACUCGAGAUGCUGGAGGAUGAAGAAGAGGAUUGUAUUAGCGACUCUAGCAGUCAACAUAGCGUUCUAGGGAAUCGGACUCCCUCGGCAUCAGCGACUCGCGGUGCUGCACCUGUGACCAAGCAACUUCGAUCGACCAGCCCAUCGGGGAAGACUGUCGUCAAAACAACCACCGCCAUAGCGGGAUCACCGGCCAAACGCGUUCAUGCUGCUCCCUCCACUGCACGUGUGACUCGUGCCACGACGCGGGCACAUGGUAAUCCUAGUCCACGCAAAGGUGGCGUAGCGUCCCAUACCCGAUCAGCUACUGUUAUUGCUCCUCUCAAUUUUGGUCCACGGCCAACUAAUCGCAUGCUAACUGCGACUGCAUCUAAGGGCCACAAUGCCUCUGCGGAUUCCCCAACUAAACUGGCUCGCGUGACCCUGUCCAAGAUACCCUCGCGUAAAUUAUCCCGCGCUGCGUCCCCUCCGUCCGCCCUCCCGUCUGCCGUUGCAUAUGUCGCAGCCUCCUUAGAGAAGGGGCCUGGAAUGAGGAAUUCCCGUUUGCCGACACUGGUGCCGAGUAAACGGACAUUCGGUGGUAAGCCACUUCCACUGAUCCAGAGUGCAGUAACGGGCAUCGGCGUUGUCCUUGGGACAGUUAGCGAAGGGUCAGUAGCGACGUUGAAGUCCCAGGAAGACGUUUGGAUGUCCAACACAAACGUCGUGGAGACUGGUACGAAAACACGGAGACCAUCCCUUCGACCAACGAGACGACGUCGUUCGAGUUUCAGCAACGCCGAUAUUCAAUAA